AUGACUUAUUUUUUAAUUGGUGAUUCAAUAACAUUGACAUUAUUGAUUGUACUCAUAUUUAUCUUUGCUUAUUAUGUGUGGGUAAUCUACGACUCAUUUAUUAGUUCAAAAUGGAAAUUUAAUGACCUGAAUUUUAGUUACAAUCUGCGUACAAACAAUAUAUUUCGUCGUCUUGGAAUGCCUGGUCCAGCACCUAUUCCAAUACUCGGUGAAAUGUUUAAUGUUAUGCGAAAGAGCAUGGAAGGUGUUACCGGUAUCAUGGAAUAUGGUCUUACAGGGCUAAAAUAUGAACAAUGGAAAAAUGCUCGAUCCAUCGUUUCACCAGUGUUCUCUACAACAAAACUCAAAGCAAUGUACGGUCUGAUAAAUGAAAUUAGUGACAUGUAUAACAAACGUCUUCUUGAAUAUGCUGAUAAACAAGAAAUAUUCGAUGUCAAAAUACUGAAUGGUCAAUAUACUCUUGAUAAUAUUGCUUCUUGUCUAUUUGUUUUUUCACAUCGAUUAGCUCGUCAUUUGAGUGAGACAGGUUAUUCAAUGGUACCAAGAGAUACUAUGAACUAUUUCACACAAUUAUUUAAUCAAAUAUUAGCACGACGUCGACAAUAUUUAGAAAGACGAAAUGAUUUUAUUCAAAUGAUGAUUGAUCAUGAAGAAGAAGUCAAACAUGAAGAACAAGUCGAGAAGCAAGAACGACAAUCCGAAAUAGUUAAAAAGACUUUGAAUGAUAAAGAAAUACUUGGUCAAGCUCUAGUUUUCUUGGUUGCUGGUUAUGAAACAACAAGUGUAUUAAUAUCAUUCUUUUUCUAUGUCAUGGCAACAGAACCAGUGAUUCAAGAAAAAGUUUAUAAUGAAAUUCGUCAAGAACUUGGAGAUGAUGAAGUUACUUAUGAAAAACUUAGUCAACUUCAAUAUUUGGAUAUGGUUAUUAAUGAAACACUUCGAAUGUAUCCACCGUUUACCAGAUUUGAGCGAGUCGCCUCGAACAAUUACCAACUUGGUAAUUAUGACAUACCGAAAGGUACUAUUAUAAGCGUACCCGUUUAUCCCAUCCAUCAUGAUCCUAAUAUUUGGCCUGAACCGGAAAAAUUCAUACCUGAAAGAUUCUUACCGACAGAAAAAGCUAAACGACAUCCAAUGACAUAUCUUCCAUUUGGUGAUGGACCACGGUAUGGAAUUCAUACUUGUUUAUAUCGGUACCCCUACACUUCGUCCCCUACUUUUCAUCCCGUUACUUUUC